GAAACAUGUAGACGGUUUAAAUUUUGAUUUGAUUACAAUAAAACUUCCGCGUUCCGACAAAAUGGCGAUGAAGGGCGUUUGUGUAGGAGAAGUUAUCCCGAUUUAAAUAAAGGAAAAUACAUUUUUGAGAACGAACCAACAAUGGAAGUUCCUGGUAAACCAAAAAAGACAUUUUCUGUUUCACUGGGCUCUGAUGAGGACUUUCUUUUGUUCUGUAUCCCGUGUGAUAGAGAUGGUGCCCGGGUACCAGCAAAAGGUUAUUGUUCAACCUGCAAAGAACAUCUAUGUGACACUUGUUACAAGCACCACAAGAAACAAACUCCAUCACGUCAUCAUAUUCUACUAGAUCAAGACUCUAUGCCAACUACACCAAGCGUUCCAAUCGUAAAAGACGAAUUUGAUAGUUGUGAUGAUCAUGAAAACGAACAACUGAAAUUCUACUGCAAAGAUCAUGACACCGUUGCUUGCAGUGUUUGUGUAACGCUGAAACACAGGUUAUGUACUGUAGACUACAUACCAAAACUCUCGGAGCAUAUUCUAGACAGUGAAGAGCUUAAUGAAAUAAUGGCAGAAAUGAAAGCACUGGAGGAUAAUUAUAACUCACAGAUAAAGAGAAUAAAAGAUGAGAUGAAAGCUAUUUCUAAUCAAAGCACAGAAGGCGCUGAAUUUGUUUGGGUCUCAGAAUGUAAGAAAGGUGCAGGUUGUGAGAUUAUAUGUUUAGUGCCACCAAUGCUUUCCAGCGUUUUAAUUGUAGUAAAUUGGCUAUAAGACUAAUUGCAACACUGAUAUUCAAUCCAAUGUUUAUUUGACUUUAACAAUUUAAAAAAAUGAGUUACCUUUACUGGGAUUUGAACUCCAGACCUCUCGCUUCUUAAGCGAGCCCGAAAACCCUUCAGCCACGGUUAAAUUUAUAUGUGAACGGCCUGAAGAAAACCAAAUUAUUCUAAAUUAGGGCUUGUAACGACUUUUAACUGUUGUUUAACACAGAUGUAAAUAAUCCUGAAGCUUACUAUAAGCAUGUAUAUUUAUAAAGAAUCAAAGGGCUUCAAGUUCUUUGGUAUUUUCUGAUCUUUGCAAUCUAAAUCGUACUGUAUAUCUGUAUGCAUUUUCCUGUAUAAGUUUAUUUUUAUGUAUUAUAAUUCAUUUUGUAAGGCACAUACGGAAUUCUGCAUAACUAGAGUUGCAUCAAAAAAUCAUUUAUGUACUUUUUUUUACGACAGCCACACUUUAUCCUUGUAAAUCAUGGCUACUUCCUUAACAAAAACAAUUAAAAAAAGAAUUUAACAAAAAAAAAAUUUCCUCGACUGGGAUUCGAACUCGAGACCUCUCACUCACUAAGCGAGCGCGUUACCACUGAACCACGGAGAAGUUAUACACAGACUGUCUGAAUAAUAUCAAGUCAUUCUAAAUUUAGAACUUCCAUUGCAUUCAGGUUUGUAAUCCUUAUUAAUUUCGAGGUAUUUUGUUCAGGGUAAACCUGUUGUUUAAAAUUGAAGUAAAUAUUUUAGCGAAAAUCCUCUCGCCCAAACAGUCCGACAUGUAGAAUCUAUAUAUAUUCCACUACUCGGUUUGUGUAGUAUUCGGUAAUCUACAUGGCUAAAAAUAGUAUUUUCAUUGAUAAAAUCAUAUUCAUCCGCGUAAUUUGUGAUUGUGCAUUUAUUGACAAUUCUAUAAGCCAACGCUAUUGUUUAACUUUAAAUGCGUUGUAAUUUGUUGGAUACUUGUAACAAAAUAAAAUAUUUCUUUCUUUUAAAUCGCUAGUUUUAAGCUGUUUUGAGAACUACUUGUUGUUAGGUUUGUCAUAAACUUCUGUGUCAGAGAUUGAAUGUCCGCUUUGUAUUUAGUUAUUUUCGAUCAGAAAAUACCAGAAAACAAUAUUAGAAAUCUUCGACCAUUCGGGAAUUACUUUGCUUGAAAAUUGAUGCGCCUGUCUUUGACCAUCUUUACGCAGUGAUCUCCCCUGAAUUUUUCGGCUUUAGUGUACAUACAAAAGGGAAGUAACCGCUUCAAAAAAGUGGACUACUUUCGGCAUUUGCAAUUAAGAACAUUAGACUCUGAAAUUUCGCUACCAUUAUUUGUUUGGUCUGACGACCCAAACAAAUAAAAACCACGA